AUUCUGACAUUCAACAGGACUUCGAACAGAAAAAAAAAAAAACUAUAAAAAAUUUCGUAGAUUCGAUGUAAAAAUUCAAACAAUUGGCUAAACAUAAAACUGUAGAUCAGCUCGCUCCCAUAAAAAAUCGGUGAAAAUGAGUGAAUUGAACGAGAACUCACUGGACCGACAUUUCGUGUCGCAGCUGCGAAUGAUGUGCGACGUCUACUCGAAUAAGAUAAGCAAGUCGGACUUUAUGAUUAGCCAGCGCUGGCUGCAGCUCUUCCACAAGGCGGGCAAGCGGGACAAAUAUGCCCGGAACUGUCUGAUGCUGCUCAUGUAUGGCCAGCUGCGGGAGAUGGGCAAGCUGGGCAUGCCCUUUACCAAACUGGACAAUGCCAAUCGCCAGCUGGAGGAGGUGCUCAGCGACUAUCAAGGUAGGCAGGAGGAGAAGGAGGACGAGGAGGAGGCGGAGCAGCUGCAGCUGCCGGUCAACGAAGCGAAGCAGGAGCCCGUGCCGAAGCCAUUGCAUCCGGCUUUGCCGGAGCUGCAAUUGGAUGUGCAGGAUAAUGAGGAUGCGGCCUCGGCGCUGACAACAAAUCUGUCCGGCUAUAGCAACAGCACGGAUCGCUUUAUGCCGCGCGCUCCGGAGCUGGAACGCCUGGAAAGCGGCGACGGCGGCGGCGGGCCAUCCAUUAGCUAUGUGCCCGACUCCAGCUUCGAGCUGCUCACGCAGCAGAAUCAGGCACUAAUCCGAGAGAUCAACCUGAUGCACGCGCGCACCCUGGAGAACGAGCAGCGCUUCAGGCAGGCCGACACCAGCUGGCAGCAGCGCCUGACCCCGGCUCAGAUGGAGCUGCCCAAGCCGCGCGCCCCGCCGCUGUUGCCCAGGCUGGAGCGCGGCAUGCUGCUGGCCAUGCGCCGGCUACGGGAAUGGACAGCAGCCAGUGGACCACUGAAUUUUCUGCACAUUUGUCUGCAGGAUUUGCUGGACGAUGAGCCGGCAACACGGAAACAGCUGUUCGAGCUGGAUCGCCGGCUGGAGACCGUGCUGGACAAUAUGCUGGAGCAGGCGGGCGAGCGGCGCGAGAAGAAUGUGCGCAUGCUCUACGAUCAGCUGUUCAAGCAACAGCAGGAGGCGCUCCAGAGCAAGCAGCAGCUGCUGCGUCAUGAGCAGCGCGCCCUAAUCCAGGCACGCCAGCAACUCCAGGCACACGUUCAGGAUCUGAAACAACGCGAGCAAAUCUUCUGGGAGCAGCAGGCGGCAGCCUCAGCGACCCGUCCAUACUACACGUCCGAUUCCCGACAACCCCCGGGCAGUCCCAGGACGAGCAGCUACCAGGCCAAACAGAUGCCGCCAUACGAGGAGCUGCUGCGCAGCGCCAACACCCAAACCAUACGAAACGGCGCCGGCAGCAGCGGCACCGGCAGCGGCACAUGCGGCUGCUCCGAGUGCCAGGCCGAAAGGGAGCAGCUGGCACCAACCACUGCAUCCACGUCGGUGCAGCGCUCCAGGCAGACGCUGACCAAGGAGAUAUACGAGAAGCGCACGUGCCAGUACUGUGAGCCGCACGCCACGGAACAGCUGAAGGAGAAAUUUCUGAAGAACGAUGAGUUCAGCACCAAAUGUUAGGAACUGACAAUUAGCGCCCCUUUAUAUAUACAAACUUAUAUAUUUUCUACUAUUUCUGCUAACAGUUC